CUUUCUUGUUUCUGCUUCGUAAAGAGACACACAGAGACGAUGGCUCCUCGUAAAGGAAAGGAGAAGAAGGAGGAGCAGGUCAUCAGUCUGGGUCCUCAGGUGGCCGAAGGAGAAAACGUGUUUGGAGUUUGUCACAUCUUCGCCUCCUUCAACGACACCUUCGUCCACGUCACCGACCUCUCCGGGAAGGAGACGAUCUGCCGCGUGACCGGCGGGAUGAAGGUGAAGGCAGACAGAGACGAGUCGUCUCCGUACGCUGCCAUGUUGGCGGCUCAGGACGUCGCUCAGCGCUGCAAAGAGCUCGGAAUCACAGCGCUGCACAUCAAGCUGAGAGCCACCGGAGGCAACAGGACUAAGACUCCUGGACCUGGAGCUCAGUCUGCUCUCAGAGCUCUGGCUCGCUCCGGCAUGAAGAUCGGACGCAUCGAGGACGUCACUCCGAUCCCGUCAGACUCCACCCGGAGGAAGGGCGGACGCCGCGGUCGCCGUCUGUAAACUGCAGCAAGUUUUUCUGACAAUAAAAAUCUCCAAGUCA